GGGUCUUAUCAAGCAGGCGCGGGGAAGAUUCACAGUCUGGAGGAUGUCGCAUACAACACUGCGGACCUGCAAAAGGAGGUGGAGAGAGUUGUUGAUGAUGUCUGGGCUACAUUUGUUCUGGGGGUGAAUUUUGGUCCUCGGAAAUUUGAUCUAGGGGCCCAAUUGAGUUCGCGCGCCCCAGAGCCACUAUUGCACGACCAGCCGCCUGCCUACGACGAUGUGAUUCAUGAUCUUCCUCCCGAAUACUCUGCGCUUCCCCCGCUCGCGCAGCGCAGACGUUCUGUUAUUUCUUCUGCGCCGCGGACCGCGAGAGAUAAAUCGCCUACGACAUCGUUUGCAUUGCUGAAAGAUCGCAUGUUGGAUGUUCAUAUUGAUUUUGAGGAACUGACUGGUGUAAGGGAACACAAGAAGAAAAAGCCUGCGGCGAAGAAAGCCGCUCCACCUCCGUCUCCGCCUGCUGGCUCCGAUCCUCCAGCGGACGAGCCGCCCAAUGGGGAUGGAGGGGGUGACGGAGAAGGUGACGGUGGUGGCGCUGGUGAUGCAGGUGGUGCCGGAGAUGGCGGUGACGGGGGUGAUGACUGGAAUGAUUGGAAUGUGAGCGGGAACAAAAAGGACAAGAAGAAGAAGCAGGAGGAGGAAGAGGCCGAGAAACUCGCGAAGGAGGAGGAAGAAAGGAAAGCCGCCGAAGCGUCUGCUGCCAAGGAUCUCAGCUGGGCUGAGGACGAUGGUGGUGAUGACUCCUGGGCUGGGUUCAACACCGUGGGGAAGAAGAAGAAGAGCAAGGAUGAAGGACCCCCUGGAGGUUUUCAGGAUGUAAGUUUGGACGGCGGCGCACCGCAGCUGGACUUGAACUUUGAAACUGCGGCCCCCAAGACUGGCGGAACUGGAUUCAGUUUUGGGGGCUGGGGCAAAGACUGGAAUACCGGCGGUAAGCUUGAUCUCGAUGAGCCUCCCAAAGAAGAUAACAAUCCUUGGGGUGCCACGAAAAAGAAGUCUUCGAAAACCGCUGGCGGGUUCGAUUUUGGUGACUUGGACGCUCCCCCUGAGAAGCAAGAGGACGAUUGGGGAGGAGGCUGGGAUGUCUCGACCAAAGACAAGAAAAAGAAAGGCAAAGUUGAACCUGAGCCCGAACCUGAGCCCGUGCCUCCUCCACCCCCUCCAGCUCCUCCAGCUCCUCCAGCUCCUCCGGUCAGACCCGACUUCACACAGGAAGCAUGGUACCUGAACAUGUCCAAGAAGGAACAACGCAAGGCGAAGAAAGAGAUGGAGAAGAAGUGGAAAGAUGAGGAUGAAGCUAUGGCAAAAUUGGCAGCUGAACAAGUUGAAGCACAAGCCGCUGAAGAAGUGGUCCCUGAGCCUGAGAAGUCUCCUGAGCCAGAAAAUGACUGGAGCUUCUCUGGGUCCAAGUCGAAGGACAAGAAGAAAAUCGACCUUUUAGCUGACCCAGAGCCAGCUCCAGAUCCUCCGCCGGCAGAUGACUGGAUGGGUGGAUGGGGCACAACGGUCAAGAAAAAAGACAAGAAGUCCAAGGAACCAGAACCUGAGCCCGAGCCAGAACCUGUUGCGGAUGUUGGUUUCUCGUGGGGCGUUUCCACGAAGGACAAGAAGAAAAAGAAGGGCAAAGUCGAGCCAGAACCCGAACCCGAACCUGAACCCGAACCGGAGCCUGAGCCCGAACCUGAACCCGAGCCGGAACCUGAACCUGAGCCAGAGCCGGAGAAACCAGUUCAUGACGAUCCUCUAUACGAAGGUUGGAAGGACCUUUCCUCCAAGGAACGUAAGAAGCGAGAAAAGCAAUUGAUACGAAAGGGUCUACCCAUACCGGGCAAGGACUUUGAACUUCCAUCUGAUAAGCCCGAGGAACCACCAGCUCCGGAACCUGAGCCCGAACCCGAACCAGAGCCUGAGCCUGAACCUGAACCUGAACCUGAACCUGAACCGGAGCCUGAACCUGAACCUGAACCUGAACCUGAACCGGAGCCAGCACCGGAGCCGGAACCUGAGAAACCAGCUGAAGAUGACGGCUGGGGAUGGGGCGUCACCAAAGAGAAGAAAAAGAAAAAGAAAGGCAAGGAUAUCGAAGAACCUCCUCCACCUGCACCAACCCCUCCUGCGCAGGGCUUGACUCCUGAGCCUGAGGCUAUGGGUGAUAAUGGCGAUGAUAUAUGGGCAGAGCUGGCUCCGAAGACCAAGAGCUCAAAGAAGACUAAGGCUAUCGAGUCACCCAAGGAAGAAAAGACAUCCAAGAGUUUCUGGUCAACUUUAACAGGUACUUCAACGAGCAAAUCGAAAUCGACGAAGAAGACCAAGGAGGAAAAGAAGGAGCCUGAGCCCAUUGAGGAAGAUCUACUGAUCGACGUUGGUGAUGACCCCCCAGCAGAUCCUGAACCGGAGCCAGAACCAGAACCAGAACCAGAGCCUGAGCCUGAACCUGAACCUGAACCCGAGGUUAAACCUGAACCUAUGAAGGAAGAACCUCCUCCGCCGGAGAAGAGCUCCAAGUCCAAGAAACUCAGCGUUGCUGAGCGUAUCAAGGCUUUGGAGCAAGCUAAGAAAGACAAGCUUAAAGAGGAAAAGGCCGGUAAAAGCAAAAGUAAAGAGAAGAAGGUCGAGCCAGCUCCUGAGCCCGAGCCUGAGCCAGAGCCUGAACCUGAACCGGAGCCAGAACCGGAGCCAACGAAGAAGAGCAAGUCAAAGUCAAAGUCCAAGGAUUCAGUUCCAGGAAGCUUCCCAGACUUUGGUGAUGAUCCCGAACCUGAACCCGAACCUGAACCAGAGCCAGAACCAGAGCCAGAACCUGAGCCUAAGCCCGAGCCAGAACCUGAACCAGUCCCCGAGCUAGCACCGGAGCCUGACCUUUCCAAGAUGUCAAAAAAGGAACUCAAGAAGUACAAAAAACUGCAAGCAGCAGCCGCUGCUGCUAAGCCCCCAACUCCCCCGCCACCGCCAGAGGAACCACCUGUGCCUGAAGCUGAGCCAGAGCAGGAGCCUGAACCUGAGCUCGAAGCCGAGCCAGCGCCAGAGGCUGAACCAGAGCCAGAGCCUGAGGAGCCAGUGGAAGAGGCCAAAGAUGCCCCUCCCACGCCUCCACCGGAGGAGCCACCAAAGGCGUCCAAGAAGGACCGAGCCCGCGUGGAGCGCACGACCACCUCAUCUUGGGGCUUCUGGGGAGCCGCUCCGCCGCCCAAGAAAUCCAGCAAGAAGGAGACCAAGGAGCCAAAGGAACUCAAGGAGCCAAAGGUCCAAGAGGAACCAGAAAAGCCAAGGAAGAAAGAGUCAACUCGAGAGCGGUCUCCCUCCGCAGCGAUGCGAACCAAGUCGAGUAAAUCUCGACCAAAAGAAGCUGACCCAGAAGUCGAGAAAUCCUCAUCUGACCGCGAGAAACACCGAGAGCGCGAGGCUCGUUCUUCAAAGAAUCAGCGUAGCGUGGCUUUGGCCAACAUGGUUCUGGGGACACCCCAAUCUCGAAGCAAAUCGACUCGGAAGCAUGGAUCUUCUUCCAAACCGGUCUCCAGGCGUCCAUCCGUUGAAGAGGACAAGGCUUCUAUGCCCACUCCACCUCCUGAUGAGAAGCCAGACGUUGCUGAUAAGGCAGCCAAGUUGAUGGGUGUUAACGCUUCCAAGUCUCGUCGUGAGAGACCACGCACUGAGAGGCGGAAAUCAGCUCGGGAUCCAUACGCAAUCGAGGACGACGACCUUGUAAUGGUUGACAAAGAGGACGCAGAGGGCCAUUCACCGAAAGAAGACUCCAGUCGCUCGAAACGCAAGUCAAAGAGACAGCCCCGCGCCAAGCCAGAUGAGGAAGAUGACGGAGUAAUCGUCGACGCAGAACAAGCACAGCCACCUCCAGACGUCUUAUCAGGGGCUGACGAUAUGGCCGACGCACCCCCAAGAGAACGCCGUCUUAAGCGUUCCAACACGACACCUAAGAAACCAGAGACAGGUGGUAUCAUGGGACUGAUCGGCUCUUUCAGGAAGAGUACCAGGCCGGAAAUGCCGGAAAGGAAGAAAUCACGCUCAUAUCGAGAUGAUGACGGGAGAUAUGCUACAGAAACAGAGCGUGAAACAGCCCGUAAAUUACGACGCGAUGAUCGACGCAGAGGUUCUGUCAGACCAGACACCGAUGCCGAAGGAUUUGUCACGGAUGCCGCUGGCGGAGUUGGAGGUGCAGGUACUGAAGCAGAAGACGCUGAAGCUCGCAGGGCAGCACGUAAGGCAAAGCGAGCAUCUCGACAGGCACCCUCGGACGCACGCGAAAGCGCACGCGAGAAUGCGCGAGAGAUCGCGCGUGAAAACGAAGCCCGGGAAGCAGAAGAGCGACGGGCAAGAAGAAAAGAACGAGCACGUGAACAGCGUGCCCGUGAAGAAGAGGAAGAAGAGCGCCGCCAAGAAGAGAAACGAGCUCGACGAGCAGCCCGCGAGGAACGUCGGGCCCGAGAAGAACAAGCAGCAAGAGAAGAACAGGCAGCCCGAGAAGCCGAAGCCCGAGAAGCCGAAGCCGCCGCCGAAGCGAAGGCAGCCGAGCGACGCGAACGACGACGACUACGCGAAGAAGAAAUGCUAGCCGCAAAAGCCAGCCGCCGUCGCUCCCGCGUCGAAGAACGAUAUCCCGACGAAGUCCUCCCAGACGAACGGGAGAUCGUAGAUCGUCGAGGAGGUCGUAGCUCGCGAGUACCCGAAGACCCCAAAGCCCGUCGUCGCAAGUCCAGGGCUGCACCUGAGCCCGAGGAGUCACAUCGGCCGACUCCUAUGAAACCAGGCGCGGGCAAGAACAAGACCUCCUCGUGGGUCUAUUCUCAAGCUGACGAGCCACCAGAGCCGCCGCCGAUUAUGCCUACUGUCAUUGACAUGCCUCCUGCCGGUGCGACCAAUGAAAACGGAAACGGCCAUUCCCUCUCGUCGGAUGAGGAGGCUCGUCGCGCUGCUCGCCGAAAAGCUCGUCGUCGUGCAAAGUACCCCGACGAAGAGGUCGAUGAUGCCCGUUCUCGGAGACGGGACUCCCGUCGAGAGGGUGUGAAAAGUAGCUCUGGCAGUGGUGAUUAUGAGCGUGAUCGUGGUAUGAGAUCGCAGCCUGGGAGUCGGCAGGGUGCUCCGCCUAGUUCGGCUGCUAAAGGGAAGUCGAGCUGGUUCCGGAAACUGACGACCUUUUAA